AUGGCGAAGAAAGGCGUCACCAGCCAAGGGCGCAGGAAGAUCGAGAUCAAGAAGAUACAGAACGAGGACGCCCGGCACGUUUGCUUCUCGAAGAGGAAGGCCGGCAUCUUCGCCAAGGCCAGCGACAUCUCCACGCUGUGCGGGGCGGACGUGGCGCUGGUGGUGUACUCGCCGGCGGGGAAUCCGUACUCGUUCGGCAGCCCGGCGGUGGACCCGGUGGUCGACCGGUUCCUUUCUGCCAGCUUGAUCCACGGCGGCUCAGCCCACGACGUGGGCCGAAGCCACUUGACGCAGCAGCUGAACCAGCAGUACAUGGAGGUCUCCAAGCAGCUGGAGGCGUCCAAGGCCCGGAAGAUGAUACUGCAGGAGCGGCUGGCGGGGGUGGUCCAGUCUCAGGAGAUCGAGUGGGCCAAGAACAACAUCGACCACCUCGGCCUGGAACAACUCGAGCGGCUCAAGGACGCCUUCGAGCGUCUCAAGGGCAGAGCCGACGCCAGGAUCCAGGACAUCCUGGGGACUGGGCAGAGGAUGGCGCUGCACCAGCCGCAGCCACCGCCGCCUUCGAUGAUGGGAUUCGGGGUUCCUCCGGUGGGUGCCGCCUCCUCCUCGACGUCGUACCACCCGGUCUGGACAUUCAAUACAUUGCAGGUGCCGAACCAGGUGGAACCGGAUCCGUAUCAGGCACAGUGGCUUGGCAGUAGCAUGGGUUACAUGCAUGAACCCUGA